AUGGCUCGUGCUUUGGAUAAUCUCCAACUGGGUCGCUUCUGGUUCAUGAAGAACACGGAUCCGUUCUCUGUUUUUCUACAGAGCUAUGCCGGCUUUCUCAAGGAAAGAUCUGGGUGGGUCUUGAACCAAUCGGAUCACAUGUUUGAACCUGUCGUGGACCGAUCAGAACCUGAUCUUGAACCGGCGGUGCUCCACACCCUAACAAAGUGCCAAGGGUUCAUGGAAAAGGUCUUGGCUUGCGCUCCGGUUAACGUCAAGCCUAUAGAUAAUCUCGUCCUAGCAGCUCUCCGAACUGUCUUGGAAGAAAGUUUCAAGAUUUACGAGACGUAUACCAACGGCUUGAAGAAUCUGUUUGUCACGUUCUUUGAUCUACCGAUGCCCGAAAAAGCCCGAGCUUGCAGAAUUCUGAGAGUAACUUCUCAACAGUGUCAAGAUCUCCGUGGGUUUUACGAGAAGUGCAGGGAAAGUGCUGUGGACGAGAGCUUAGAUUAUCCAUCUGUCGAAGUCCUCGACUUGGAAUGCGUAACCUCACUGGAGGAAUUCACAACUGCCAGUUUGGUUUCGACAAGCAACGGUUUCCAUCGUAAAUUUUCGAGUAGAUUAUUUCGUUAG